GAGACGUGGGCGUCGGGAGGAAGGCGGAAGCGAUGGCGGCGGCGGAGGCCGAGUGGGAGCCGGCGGGGCUGCUGCCGGCCCCGGGGGGCGGCCUCGACUGGGAGGCGGUGCUGGGCGAGGAGCUGAGCGAGCUGCUGAGCGCCGCGGAGCCGCGGCGGGCCCCGACGGACGAGCCCGACGAAAAUGAUCUCUAUAACUUUCAUUUUGAUUUGGAUUUGAUGUCUUGGGACUCGGAUCUUUGGAAUAUUACAGGCCAUGCUUAUACAGAUGCAAGCGUGAAGACAGAACCCUUAUCACCAGCCACUUCAAAUUGUUCGGUCCCUUCUCCGUUGUCUGUGGACUCUCCAGUGCAGAAUGUGCCUGACGAUGUGGACUUCAGCUGUAGCUCCCAGAUGUCUCCCAUCUCUCUCUACAGCAAGAGCUGCAGAAGCCCUGCAUCCCCUGAAGGAGAUGGAGGGAAGAAGCCUGCUGUCAGCGUCACUUCUCGGUCUGCAAAUAAUUCUGCGAGGACCCUGAAGAGGUGUGGUCAGGCCGUGCCCAGGCCUUCAAUACAACCCAAACCUCUUUUGCCUGCUGUACCUGAGGCUCAGGCUAACGUUGGCAUCCCAGCUAAAACCAUCAUUAUUCAGACUCUUCCCACACUUGUGCCACUGCCAAAGCAUCAGCCAGUUGUUAACAUCCAGCCAGCACCCCCUAAAGGUCAAUCGGUGGUGCUCCCCCAGCCUGCUGUGGUACAGCUCCAGGCUUCUGGGGUGCUUCCUGCCUCCCAGCCAGUCAUUGCUGUCACUGGAGGGACCACGCAGCUUCACAAUCAUACGGUGAACGCAUUGUCUCCAGCUGCUGGAAAUGGCUCAACAAGCGGCAAAAUACCAGUGACUAAGCCCUUGCUUCAAAGCACCACACCAGCGAUGGGGCUGGAUGUCAAUGUCUUGAGAAGGCAGCAGCGCAUGAUCAAAAACCGGGAGUCAGCCUUUCAGUCACGGAAGAAAAAGAAAGAGUACAUGUUGGGACUGGAAGCAAGGCUGGAGGCGGCCUUACUGGAGAAUGAGAAACUCAAGAAAGAAAACAACACGCUGAAGAGGCAACUGGAUGAAGUGGUAUUAGAGAACCAGAAGCUCAAAGUAUCAUCGCCAAAGAGAAGGACCCUGUGUGUGAUGGUGAUACUGGCUUUCAUCAUGUUGAAUUAUGGUCCACUGAGUGUAUUCGAAAAGGAUCCCAAUGGAGUUGAUUCCACUGCGAGUUCCAGCCACCGGACCAGAAAUCUUCUGGAGUUCUCAGCUAGCCAGGAGUCCAGCACAGCUCAGAAAAUAUCUGGGGACAUCAUUCCUGAGAAGAGUAAUAGGUAUGAUCAUUCUGUAUCUGAUAACAAAGCACUGAUGAUAGUCUCAGAAGAACCACUGUUAUAUAUUUCACCACCACCACCCCCCUGUCAGCCCCUGAUCAACCGGACAGAGUCGCUGAGGCUGAAUCACGAACUUCGAGGAUGGGUUCAUAGACACGAAGUGGAACGAACAAGAUCUAGAAGGUUGUCAAAUAACCAACAGCAGAAAGCACGGGUUAUGCAGAGUUCCCUCAGUGAGAAAACAGAUUCCCAGCUAAUGGCCAUGCCUUACACAGACACCAGCCUCAGCAGGAACUCAGGGAAUGAGCUGCAAGUGUAUUACGCCUCUCCAAGGAGCUAUCAAGAUUUUUUUGAAGCUAUUCGCAGAAGGGAAGAUACAUUCUACGUGGUGUCAUUUCGCAGAGACCACCUGUUAUUGCCAGCCACCACACAUAACAAGACCAGAAGACCAAAGAUGUCUAUAGUGUUGCCAGCUGUAAACAUCAAUGAGAAUGUGAUCAAUGGGCAGGACUAUGAGGUGAUGAUGCAGAUAGACUGCGAAGUGAUGGACACCAGGAUCCUCCACAUCAAAAGUUCAUCUGUCCCGCCAUACCUCCGAGAGCAGCGCAGAAAUCACACUGACACCUUCUACAGCGCGUCCCCCUCCGUCCCCGAGAUGCCCCAUGCCCUGAGGGCUAUUGUCAAAUCCCUGCGGUAGCUCCUGCAGCUAGCAGCAUGGCCCGCGCACCCAGCAUGCAGCAGGUCCUGCUGCCAGACCGAGCCCCUUUGCCGGCAGGUCCCUGGGGCUCCUGUCACGUCGACACGGCAAGGGCAGACCCCACACAGCCCAUUCCUGUGCCUGACCCUACCCAAUGGCCGCAUCCUGCCCAGGGAUUAUGUGGCUCAGCCAGCACCUGGCUGGGGACAGACCUGGGGGAUCCACACAGCGUGUGAUGCCCAGUGCCAGGGGUGCAGGUGAUGCACGCUGCCACAGUCCUGGUGUUGGCAUCAGCAGCCGGUGCCUGGGGCUGGCACCGGAGGGGCAUGGGCCACCCUUGCUACUUAUGCACUGUCCAAAAUUGGGUGGGGUGGGGGUUUUAUUGUUGGGUUUUUUUUUUUUUUUUUUUUUUUUUUUUGUCCCUGUUAAACCAUCUCCUGAGGUGUUGGGGUCCUGCCCAGAGACACCUCUGUGGAAGCCUGUGCUCAGGGUGGCAGGAGGAAGCAGUGUCCGGCUCUGAGGUGCAGGUGCAGGGAGAGCCGCAGCCUUGCACUCCACACUGGGCCUGCCACCGCAGCCCGGGCCCUACACCCCAGGAGCAGGAGCAUCCCUUCUCUGCCAAAGUGACUGUGCUGCGCCUGGCCGGACAGCCCUGCUCCUCAUCACCCCCAUGCACAUCCACACACCUGCCCCAAAUUCCUUCCCCACACGGCCUCCCUUGCCGGGAGGCAGUAGGCUGCUGCCCAAGGUUGCAGCGGUGCCGUGGGGCAGCCCAGCCCCAGCCCCCCCCAGCGUGGCGGUGGGACCCCACACUUACAGCCAAAGCACUACAAGCAGAACGACCCACACUGCCAUGAAGCGUGGCCCUGCUCCCGGGGGUCACCCUACCUGGGGGCGGGGGGGAGUCCCAUGGUUGGACCCCCAGGAGCAGGGUGCCUGGGUGGGACGGGGCCGGGCCACCCUCCCAGGCAGUGUUCACACCCACCCACCCCUCACACUGCUGCUGGCUUUCCCAGCCCACGCGGCUGCAUGGCAAAAGGCUGGGGCUUGGCCCAGGGGUGGAGAUUCAGUGCAGCACAUGCGUUUCUCAAGAUUGUACUGCUGGGUUUGUUUUUUUUCUCCUUUUUUUUUUCUCCUCUCCAUUUUUUUUGUUUGGAUUGAUUUUUUUUUUUUUUUUGUGAUAUUUAAUGCUUUUCACAGCUAACAGCCUACAGAGCAGCACUGGCCCUGUCAGGACAGAAGAGCUGCUUCAGUUCAGUGGGACACGGCCGCAGCACUAGCCUCCCAAAACACAGACAUACCCAUACAGAGACACGCACACGUAUGCACUCACACCCCUUCUCUGCCUUGCCAGCACUGACAGCCAGCCGUCACGCAGCAGGGGAGCAUGCCAUUUGCCCCGAGCACUGAGCUACUAGACAUGGCUCUUGCCGCAGUUGACUGCUGCUGUUACAAAGCCCACUGCAGAGCUCUGUUAACUGGUCCCAAGUUUGUCAGCCAAGCCCCAGGCCGGAGCUGGGCCGAGGGGCUCCAGCCCACGGUGCUCAGUGGUGCUCAGCUGGGACGAGACACCAGCAGAGCAUUGGCCUUUCGUAAUGACUUCAGCAUGUUACAUUUUUUUUUUUUCCCCCUUUGCAGUUAGCACAGGGGAUGAUGGGCUUCAGUUUGCCAGUCCGUCCUUGCUUUUCCUUCAUUGUCUGAACCGCUGACUGACUGAUGUGGGUUUUUAUUAUUGUUGUUAUUAUUAUUUGCGUGUGUGUGGCUGCUAGGAAAUAAAGGUUGAUCCUGCAGCAAGACAAACAGCUCGGGGGAGGCGAGGAGGAGGGUGAGGAGCAAUACACCCCUGUGAAGUAUGUGCCUUGCAACACUAUGGAAAAGCUUUGCCCUUUGCCACGUAGUCAGCGCAAGCUGCACAGGCCCCCCGUCCCCUCGGCGCUCGCGCUGCUGGGAAGCAGCCGGGCUCGGCGAGGGGUUUGGCUGCGCUCCUUGCACCAGUUCUGUUUUCCUGGCCCCGGCCCCACCUGACUGUGGGCCAGCUCACACAAUAGUCAAAAAUAAAAACCCCGGCAGUGCCCCAGCCGGAGGCACACAGCUUCCCCGAGCCCUGGGCUGCUCUGGCGGGGGGCGUUUGCUGCCGGGGAGGGGAGCUGGCGGUGGUGGCUGAGCUUCGCCCAGCCUGGCACGUUGGAAAGGGCGGCUGCUGGGGCCAGCUGCAGCACCGUGUCCUCAGCCAGCACCUGCGGGCUCUGGUGGUGGAGAGCACCUCUCAUCCUGUGUAGUUCUCUGUGUCCCUAGCACUGAAGGCAAUAAAGUGGUUCUUUUAUUUAU